AUGCAACCUCUACAAGAUGCCAAGACCAUUCGAUUGACAAUCCUACCAACCAUCACCAAUCAAUUUCCAUUCAACAAUCUUAGAAAACUUAAUAUUGGUGAUAUACAGAGUCGAGACUGUAACAUACUACAAUUUAUUUCAACAUUGGAAUUACCACUUGUCAAACUGAUACUUCCACUUUUCGUGAGACCAGCACUACCCUUUUUGGCUCAACAUGCAAGUUCAACAAUCAAGCAAUCACUCGAAACCAUUCAAUUGGAAGAAGAUUCCGAUCCAUUACUUUUACAACAAUUCCCAAAUAUCAAACACAUCAUUGUUGUUUGUCCUAGUUUCUAUGAAAUUGAUCGCGAUUCACUUUUCCACCCGAAAUAUCCAUUCUCACAAUCAAAUGUCCAAAAAAAAGAUCAAAUAUUUGUUCAUUACAAGAGACAGAUACCAAGAGAUCUACGCAUUUCAAAGUGUUCAAGAAAUCUUGAUGAUUCUACUUCAGAGACAGAACAAGUCAUUUAUGAGCAAUCAAUUUGGAGUCACAUCAAAAAAGAGUUCAAUGGAAUCAAGAAUUACCCAAAUAACAUCACCUCAAUUGUCAUUGACUCUAUCGACCGCCUCUAUCUUGGCGCUUUGGAACAUUUGGUGCGAUCAUUGAAUCGUACUCACGUUCAAGUCGAUUGUACAGUGUCUUGUAGUGGAAAGACUGGAGUGGAGAUGGAAGCAUUGACAGGUGCAUCGGUUGCAAGUCUAACCAUCUAUGACAUGUGUAAAGCAUUAUCACAUGAUAUCAUCAUAAAAGAAACUAAACUAAUCAAUAAAUUGGGUGGUAAGAGUGAUAUCAACAAGAAGUAA